UGAGUAAUUUAUUAUUUCUAUAAUAAAUAGAAUAGUUUCAUCGCAUAAUCUAAUAUCUGAGAAUAUGAAAACUCAUAGAGUAUCGUCUUUAAAAUAUUUAGAAAUAUGAGAGCAAUUGAGACAGCUUGAUUUGCUAGGUAAACAAAGAAAUUUGGAAAAUAAUAAAUAGUAGAUUUUAUUUUGACAAUAUCAACAAUGCAAUGGUGCUAAAUGCUUUCUUCAGUCAGAUUUAAUGUAGUAAUUAUGUAAAAACUUUUAAAUCUUGUGACCGACAAUUAUCUAUUUAAAAUAUAAUCAUGAAUAUAUUUUUAUUGAUUGGGUCCAAGAUAAUGAAAUUAUAUCUAUUUAUAACAUUAGUAUAAUAUAAUUUAUUAUAAUUGCAAUUUUUUUUAAACAAAGAAGAUAUUUAUCACUUUCCGUAUGUGUCUGUUAUAAGAUUUGAAUGUACUAGUGAAAAUGUAUAUACACUUUUGCGAUUAACUUUGUGGUUAGGUUGUAAGUAUGCACAAUCGGACUAAUCAUACUCGUCAGAAAGUUAGAUUGAUUACAAAAAUUCUACAUCAAAUGCAAAGAAAAUAAAAUUCAGUUUUUAACAAAAUACAUUAAAUGUGCAUACAAAGAGAUGGUCAAUACUUUUUUAAAUCUUAGUAAACUAUCUUUAGUGAAUAUAUUGUCUGAAAAGAACAGGAAGGAAGAUAUAGCAAAAGAGAACAUAGAAUACUAAGCACGCAUUUAAGGAGUUUAAGAUCGUAGUUUAACAAGAGGAUGCUUGGCAGUUGCAUCUAUGAACAUAAUUUGGCAUUGGGUGAGGGAUCGACGAAAGUCACAACCCAAAAUUUGUCUUUGAUUCACAAGACAUUUGACGUCACUCAACCUGUUGUUGAAGCCCAGAAGAUAAGAAAUCUGCAGCAGAAAUAUAAUGUUAAAUGCGGAUCCAGAAAAAUAUGGGAGCAACUACCAGGAGUGUAGCUAUCCCGAUACGCUAGCUCACAAUCCAUCUUCGAGAGAAAUGGAGGAUUCGGUACUACGACCUCCUGUCGCUAAGAAGACCAUCUCCGAUCCGGCUGUGAGCGCGAAAAAAUUACCGAAGAAGCGCAAGUUCAUACCAUCGGAACUUGACGAGCUAGAAAACAUCAACAAUAGCUAUGGAAGUUCAAUUAUUACAAAUCCAAACCCUGAGCCCACAGUCAUGGUGUCAUCCAUUCCGAUGCCAGAGCCAAUACAAAAGCCACCUGCUAAGACGAAUGAAGUCUACCAGUUACUUACAAAUCCUGUCGUCACGCCUCCGCAAAAAACUGCUGUUGAUUAUUCUUUAAGAGAAGAAGAUUUUCAUCAAAAAACUUACAACCAUCAGCCAGCUACUUCCAUUAUACCUACAAUUACAGUAAAUAUCGACUUGAAUGAAUGGAAGGGUCAUCGAAUUUUGGCAUCGCGUAAUAAUCAGUACUAUCCGGGAGUUAUUAAAAAUGCCGUUGAUGAAGACUUAUUUAUCAUGUUGGAUUCGGAACCAGAGAUAUAUAAAUUUAGUAAUAUUCUGUCUAGCAGAAAAUUUGAUGUUAUAAGUGAUGCAAGCCCCUCGUCUACGCAAAUAACCGUGGACACGAAAGUGUGUUUUCGACGUCCAAAUGCCAUGAACCUGAGUCAAUCGGAAACCGCGUCCAAUGUGUUUUAUAUUGGAACAAUAAGUAGGAUUCUAUUGAAGCCUACACGAUUUGUUGUAGAAAUGUUAACGAAAAAUGAAAAUUAUAUUGUUAAAAGAGCUGAUCUAAGGCUUAUUCGACCUCCUUGGUGGGACGAGAUCGAAGAAACGUUUGAAGAUCAGAAGAGUUUAAGUUUUGAAUCUAAUGAAAAUACUUCCAUGUGCAAUAAUUUGGAAUCGUCUAAUCCUUUAAUCCAAUCAAACAAAUCGUCGCAAAUUAGUCACGUUUCCGGUGACAAAGUUAAAUGUUAUUAUCGAACCACUGGAACCAGUCCGUUUAUGCCGCUUAUGAGCGGUAUCCAAUCUACUUCUAAUCUUGUAUCUAAUAGUGCCGAUCCUCCGUAUGAUGACUUUGAAAGCGAAGAUGACUUAGACAAAGAAGACAUAGCUUUCACGCUUGAUGGAGACGUGAAAUUGUCUGGAAGUAGUAAACGUAGCAGCAUGCAAAGUCGUGGUAGUACAAGCAGCCUUAUUGAGCAACGUAGUAUAACACCACGUUCACAGGCAGCUACCCCCAGAUCUCAGGCAGCUACUCCGCAUAAAUAUAAAAAAGGAGAUGUUGUCGUCACACCUAGUGGUAUACGUAAGAAGUUUAAUGGUAAACAAUGGCGACGUUUAUGUAGUAAAGAUCCAUGUACUAAAGAGAGUCAGCGGCGUGGAUUUUGUUCUCGACAUCUGAGCUUAAAAGGAUCGGGUCUUCGAGGACCAAGCGGUAACUUCUCUGGUAAAAUUGACUGUGAAGACACAUCGCGUGAUUCGGAUACAUCUCCAAAUUAUGCGGAAAGACGAGUAGCCGGUCGUUUUGAUCAAGAUGAAACUGAAGCCGCGAAUAUGUUAGUAUCUCUUGGAAGUUCAAGGUCUGCAACGCCUGCUUUUUCAUCUCCCACUGGUCAGGCGUCUAUAAGUCCGUGUGUAAAUAAUUCGCCAGUGCAAGCUCUUGGACUAAAUCAAAAUAACGUAUUCAUGCCAAUAUCAAAUCCUGAAAAGAAUAUGACAUCUUUAGUAUCGCCAAAUAUAAGUAAAUGGAAACAAUCUCCGACUCAAACUAAUUAUUUGGUUCAAUACAAUGAUCAACCAGUAAUUAAACCAGAACCGAAUCGGAUGAUUUUUCCAUCGAAGCCGUCACCGCCAAUUAUAAACUCAGUCACUACUAGUAUUGGUACUAGCGUGAUAAGGAUUUCCCCGGUUGGCGGGAGAACGACCAAUAAUCAUCAAAACAUAAGUCUUUGGCCGGAAAGAAACAAUGCCAUAUUUAAACAUACAAUAGCUUGUUCUUCUGCUCAAGAAAAUGUUAUGAUUCUUCAGGACGUAUUAACAUCAACGCCGAAUCGUUCUAUCAAUUCUGAUUUAAACGAUUCACAUACACUAAACAGAUCUCAAUCGCCAAUAAUAUCUACAUUUCAAGACCAUAGAAUGAACCAUGAAGACGUUAUAGUAGAUUCUAGUGAUAACAUACAUCCAUAUACAGGCCAUGUUAACAAGCCUUCUAUGAACGUUGUUAAUCAACGUUUGCAAGCGAAUUUCUUGGUAAUAAAAAAUGGCCCAGAUAUAUCUGCACAAAAUAAAGUAAAUCAAGAAGAUGUUAUAACACCUCAAACUACGGAUAAUAUUAAUUCGUUUCAACCAAGGAUAUAUCACGUUGAUAAUCAACACGAACAAUCUUGUUCUCCAAAUCCUGUACAGAUAAAAUCUAUAAAUAUAUGUGAUCAAUUAUCGCAACAUGAAACUAACCCUCAACAGGAAAGUAAACAUGGUGUUUCUGAAGAAUCUCAUCGAAAUCCAUCGCCUUUAAGUGUAGUAGUGUCAACUAUAUCAUCAAAUAAAAUUUCUACAUCAAAUAGUAUUUUUCAACAAGUUAUAGUUCAGCCUGCAGGUGUGCCGUCUUUCAAUCCAAAAGGACUUAUUAUAACGGAUGAAAACAAAGAAAGAGAUAACAUGCAAAGUUAUUCUUGGUCUAGAAGUACGCCAGAAAAAACAAUUUCUUUACCACCAUCUACUCUAAGUCCUCCAUUAAGUGCUCCUCCGGUGUCCAUAGCUCUUAAUAAAAAAAUAAAAGAAAACCACGUGCCAGAACCUCUAAUCCAGCAAGAAGAAGAAGAAGAUGAUGAUGUUUUUGAAGCUGAAGGCUCCUUAGCUACCACAAAUGAAGCCAAUGCGACGAAAAGGCGGUGUCAUUCGCUUAGUGCGUUACAAUCGAAGGAUCUUCAAAGUCCAACUAAGAUAAAAGAUAGAAUACGACGACCAAUGAAUGCUUUUAUGAUAUUCUCCAAGAGGCAUAGAGGUGUUGUCCACCAACGACAUCCCAAUCAAGAUAACAGAACAGUUUCGAAGAUUCUCGGCGAGUGGUGGUAUGCUUUAGGACCAGAAGAAAAACAAAAAUACCAUGACUUGGCUUCAGAAGUAAAGGAAGCUCAUUUUAAGGCUCAUCCAGAUUGGAAAUGGUGCAGUAAGGAUAGACGGAAAUCUUCUACAAGCCUAAAAAUAAAUGAAAUGCGUGGUAAACUGAACAGUACCGGAGAAGAACUUGAAAUGGGUGCACCAGAUGAUGUUCCCUUGACUUCAAAAGUAUUAGACGAAUGUAUUAGCACAAAAAGCAUCGUUGCAGAUGACAACAAAUCUAUGGAAGUGACAAAAAGUCAUUCUCAAAGCUUACAAGAGCUUUCAAAAGAUGUUGACCAAACAGAGCCUUCUCUUAGUCGAGAUGAAGAAAAAGGUCAUUUAGAUAAUAGUCAAAUAGUUAUAUGUGAAGAUAAUUCAUGUAAAGAAAGUUUAAAGUGUAAACAUAACUUACAAAUAGAUGUUGAUAAUGAAAGUCAUGAAGAUUGUCGUAAAUGUUUUACAUCAUCCAACAGUCGUACUUCUAUGAAAAAAGAAGAAGUAACUUGUCGGCCAAAACCAAUUAAAGCUCGAUUAGCGACCGAGGAUGAAGAAGCUCUUAAAUAUUCACAAAGUACAAGUUUAAAAUGUGGGAACAUAACAGUUUUAUCUGCUAGCUAUCCAUAUUCGAGUCCAGUAAAUCCUACAGGUGUAUCAGGGUUUCAGCCAACUGGUGGAGCUUUCAUUACUAUGCCGAUUUCUCCGAAAAUAGUCCAACAAGAACCAGUUAGCAAUUGUGAAAAACAAUCAACAUGUCAGCAUACUAUAAAUAAUUGUAAUUGUCGAGUAGGUGAUAAGAAAAUUCUUCCUUCUACAUUUACUACAGAUUCUCUGGCGAAAUCUAAUAUAUCUACACAAGCUACGCAUUAUUUACGGGAAGAAAAUACUGCUAUGUGCAGUAAACAGAAGCCGAAAUUUAUGUUGACUGUUCUAGAAGAUCCAGCUAGUAGUGUAAGCAACAUUCAUCAAAGUCAAUCAUAUCAAACAGUUAAUUCUAACAUUCAUUGUGUUGGGCAAAUUUCGGAUGGUACAAAGAAAAAAGUUGAUUUCUUGCAAGUACCUUCCAAAAAUAAUGUUAAACCUAAUACUGUUAUUGUUAAUCAAUCCUUGCAUGUUUUGGAAAAUAAUCAUAAUUUUUCAAAUUAUCGCACAAUAUGCCACACUUCUCCUCCAGAAGAUACGAAAAAAUCAUUCAACCCUUCACCCAAUGUAACUUCCUUAUAUGGUACUGUUAGUUUUAAUGAACAAAACAAAACUUCCGAGGACAAAAAUGUAUUACCAGAAUUGAGUUACAGUAACGCAACUUAUAAUCAGAAUUUUGAGAAAGCAAAGACGAAAAAAGAUAGUGCUCUUGGUACGCAAAACGAUUCAUUAGAUUCCGCCAAUGAAAAUAACAAAGGCGUCUUCACGCUGGCACCUACACCAGCACAAUUAGGAAAAGCUCCGUUACAAAAGAGACAAUCAUCAGCAGUGCCUUCUUCAACUGUUUCGAGAGAUACAAAUUCCGCAAAUUCGUCUCAAAAUUCUGAUAGUGAUAUGUCGUCAUGUAUAACACAUUCAGAUUUACAGGAAAAACAAACCUCUGUAGGUGAUGCUCUGGUGUCACCUACCAAUUCUGGUAAAAAAAUGUCUUUCUUCAAGAAAACUGUAGAAGAUGGCAUGGAUAAAGUUCUCGAACAAGUAAACUUCCGACAAAAAUUCUCAUCUUUACCCGAGUUUAAGCCAGAAGGUAUAAAUAGUCCUAGUGCAAUAAGUUUAAAUAUUACGACGUCAACAAGUAAUUCCACGAAUCAACAAAAUUAUCGAAGGAAUCCGUUAUUAACUCCGAUUCGAUUUUCAGUUCAUAAUAAAGAAGAGUCCGACAGCUCAGUGUCUAUUACUCCAAACACAACGUCGAGUAUCAAACUCACGGGAAACACGUUUUUCGGACCUGACUUUAAUAUCGAGGAGUAUCAGGCCCAUCCUGACUUAGUAAUAAACGACAGUGAGAAUUCACCUCAUACUCCGAAAACACCCAGCAGUGCCGUUAUUAAUGUUGGAAAAGAAACUGAGCGCGGUCAUCGAAAAGUACUGGAACAGCGAAGGCAACUUGUCAUGCAAUUAUUUCAAGAGCAUGGAUACUUUCCAUCGACCCAAGCAACAUCAGCAUUUCAAGCUAAGCAUACAGAUGUAUUUCCAACUAAGACGACUUUACAGCUGAAAAUUCGCGAGGUUCGUCAAAAGUUGAAAGCUAAUUCUACACCAAUCAGUGCUAAUAAUCUGAUUAGUCCACAACCUGUUUGUGAAGGGACUUCCAAUAAUAAUAAUAGUAAUUCUCCCAAUGUUUCAUCAGCGAUUGGUGUCUCAUUCUCACCACCAAUAAAUACCAGUGGUAGCUAGCAUCUAGAAAUCGACUGUGAUAAUCGUUUACUACAUAUGUGUGCUGGGCAGCAUGAAUAUGUAAUCAUAAUGUAAAACGUGAAAUUUUACUUUGUUGCCGCUCUAGCUCUUUUAAAGUGCUUCAUUUCAUUUAUGAUUAAAUUACUGAUAACGGAAAUAAUACAAUUUGUUAAUUGUGCAUUAUAUCCUAUUGUAGUAGUCGAUGAAAUUUAUUAAAUACUAUUAAAUUAUAAAUAUAUAAUUAAAAAUAUAUAUAUAGAAUAGUGUAUUUGGAAAAUGUAAAUUGUAAAAAGAAUAGUUUCAGUCUAUGAUACAACAUUGAAGAAAAGGAAAAAAAUCAGUUAUUUGUAUUUAUUUUCGUGAAACCAUUUUAUACAGACCUGUAAAGCAUGAUAAUCAUUAAUUUAAGUAAAUUUAACAAUAAUGCUAUUGUUUUAGUUAAUAACAACUAUAUUGUUGACUUUAUUUACUUAAUGCAAUAUAUUCAAGACUACGAUUUUUUUUUGUAACAAUAAAUUUAAAACAUUCAGGUUACUUUA